AUGGAUUACUCUGAGCACCCACUGGUAGUGGACAACGGAACGGGGUUCGUGAAAGUGGGAUAUGCAGGGUCUAAUUUCCCAGAACACGUAUUCCCAUCCAUAAUCGGCCGCCCCAUCCUCCGCGCAGAAGAACGAGUCGGGUCCGCCCUAAUCAAAGACAUAAUGGUAGGCGACGAAGCGGCUUCCAACCGCACCUACCUCCAAGUAACGCAACCAAUGGAACACGGCAUCGUCAAAAACUGGGAAGACAUGAAACAUCUAUGGGAUUAUACGUUUGAUGAGAAGUUGAAGGUCAAUACGAGGGGCCGGAAGGUCCUGCUGACGGAACCGCCGAUGAACCCGAAAGUGAACAGGCAGAGGAUGUGUCAGGUUAUGUUUGAGGAGUAUGGGUUCCAGGGAGUGUAUGUUGCUAUUCAGGCUGUGUUGACGCUUUAUGCGCAGGGUCUGACGACGGGUGUUGUCGUCGACUCGGGAGACGGCGUAACGCACAUCGUGCCCGUGUACGACGGGUACGCGAUGCCGCACCUCACGCGGCGAUUAGACAUCGCUGGGCGGGACGUGACACGAUAUCUGAUCAAGCUGCUCCUUAUGCGCGGGUACGCGUUCAAUCGCACGGCGGAUUUCGAGACGGUCAGAGAGAUCAAGGAGAAGUUACCUUAUGUUAGUUAUGAUCUUGAACUUGAUACGCGUCUUUCAGAGGAGACUACGGUGUUGGUGGAGAGUUAUACUCUCCCAGACGGACGUACCAUCAAAGUCGGCGCAGAACGAUUCGAAGCCCCAGAAUGCAUGUUCCAGCCUCACCUAGUCGACAUUGAACAGCCCGGUGUAGCUGGUACGUCCUUCCCCUCCUUCCCCCCAUCCAUUUGGACGGAGCUCUACAAACACGUCGUCCUGUCCGGUGGAUCAAGCAUGUACCCAGGUCUUCCGAGCAGGUUGGAAAAGGAGAUGAAGCAGCUUUAUUUGACGAGGGUGUUGGGUGGGGAUCCGGCGCGGUUGAAUAAAUUCAAAAUCAAGAUCGAAGAUCCCCCUCGCAGGAAACACAUGGUUUUCCUUGGAGGUGCGGUGUUGGCGGAUAUCAUGAAGGGCCGUGAGGACUUUUGGAUAUCGCGUGAGGAGUGGUUCGAGAAGGGCGUUGUGUCAUUGGAUAAAUUGGGGACGGGGGGAUAA